UCUUGGACAGAGUAGAUGUUGAAGAUACAGGGGUUGGCUGACAGAGCUCCCAGGGUUGUUCCCCGGGGGCUCUUACGAGGUUCUGGCUUGCUGCAGGGAGAGAUCUCGCUCACUCCCUUCGCUCACCCCGAUCCUCUGCGGGACGCGGAAGUGGGGGGCCAGCAACCGCUCCUCCUCCAGCCCCUCCCCCUCUCGUGCCUCCUGUCCCCUUUGCCCCCUCUCCCCAAGCCUGUCGCUUGUCCGACCUGGGCGCGCUCUGCGUGUCGCGCGGGCACGGGAGCGGGCCGAGACCGGCGGGCGGGCCAAAGAGGGAGCAUGGCGUUCUUGGCGGCGCGCUUGGUGCUGUUGCUCCUGGCCGGGAACUUGGCAGCCUCUUUGGACUCCUGGAGCUCUGAGUUCAGCCAGACUUCAGAAUACAGAACACCAAACUGCAAUCAAUAUAAAUUACCAGGAUGUCCCAGAGACUUUAACCCCGUGUGUGGAAGUGACAUGUCCACUUAUCCUAACGAGUGUACUCUGUGCAUGAAAAUCUGGGAAGAUGGUCAUGACAUUAAAAUAAUCCGGAGUGGACCGUGUUGAUGGAGCAGUUUAUAGAAGAGAACUUGGAGAAACCACCUUCAACAGUAUGCUAGAUGAAUUCCAUUUCCCCUUUUUCCUAUGUUCCUUUGCAUGGGAUUUGUUAGCCCACAUUUUCUGAGAGGAGGUGUGAAAGAGAGCUAUGUGGAGCAAUUGAUAAUUAAAACAAACACACAAAAAAAUCCUUGUUUCUUGGCUUUUGCCCCUUGAGUUAAGCUUAUUGCCCAGGUGACUUGUGCAUUGCUUUAUUUCCCUGGAAUAAAAUCAGCAUUGUAUUCAA